AUGUACUUGGGUAGUAAUAGGUACCGACUCAGUGAAGCCCGUUCAAGCUGUCUUCCUAGCCCUGGGACCGCGCCAGGAAAGCAUUAUCAUGGCCCGAUCGGUGGCACUUCAAGGGAAGGUGCAUUAGCGCAGCUUGGCCAAGUCGUCUCGAGCGAGAAACGGCCUGUCAACGCGUGUCGGAAGAAAUUGACGGUGUCCAAGAACCAGGAUUCGUUUGCGGGGUCUGCUGACAUGUCUGCCAAUCAACCCGCUGCGAAGCUGCCCGGUAUCCUUGCAAACCUGGCGGAAGUUAACAAGAACCCGCAUGCCGCUCUGAUUUGUUGCUGCCAAACCUUCUUUAACCCCACUCAAUCCUUUCUCUAG